UAUUUCCUUGUUUCCUCUUCAAUUUUUUCAUAAGCUUUCUAUAGUUAAGCAAAUAGAUCUUUUUAUCUCUUUGCUUAGGUUCAUUUCUAGAUAUCUUAAGGGUUUUGGUGCAAUUUCUAAAUGGGAUCAAUUCCUUGAUAUCUCUUUUUGCUGCUUCAUUAUUGGUGUAAAGAAAUGCAGCUGAUUUCUGUAGAUUGAUUUUAUAUCCUGCACUUUGCAGAUGACAUGAUAGUCUUCAUGGAAAACCUGAAAGUCUCCACCAAAAACAGCUAGAGCUGAUCCAUAGGUUUUUACCUCCAACGUAUUCACUAAUGCAUUUCUAAAUUUAUGUAUCUUCUAUAAUAUAAUCUGUUAUGGCUUCAAAACUUCAGUUUUCUUCUCUACUCUUUCAGAUGUGUAACAUGGAUAACAUAAUGAGUUUCCUAUAUUCUUACUGUUCUAUAAUCUCAGCUAUGAUAAAUGACUUAUAGAGAGUCUGAUGUCCAUUCAUAUUGUACACUCACCUCCACACACCUAUUUCCAGAGACAGUUGCUCCCAGGGCUGUCUUGAAGCUGUAAGGGGUGGAUAGUCAUGGAAACCUUGUCCUGUGGCCUCCACUCUCCCAACAUAGUAUCUGAUGAGGGAAAUUUGGGCACUGAUGGCUCCCAUGGGAACCACACAUUCACACAUGCACUGACACCCAUGUGGGGCUCCAACGGAAGGAAGCACUUUACACACAGAGGGAACAUGGCUCAGUGCUGACCUUGGGCUGGAUCAGUGGGCAGAGACAUGUCAGGUCCCACUCCACACAUGGCGGAAGGUCAUGAAGCUUCCACAGUCACCCAGAAAGCACAUGCCCUUCCUGCCUGUGAACACCUGGCUGCCCCUCCUGGCCACACAGAGGCAGAAAUCAAAUUGGAUGACCCCCAGCUGGAUCCCAGGGACUGGUGGCCACUUGGCUUUGGCCUCUUUUUCUCUUGUGGUCCUGUCAAUUCUAGAAACGUUUGUUUCCCCUUUCUUGCAGUUGACGGAUGCCAGCUACGUCAGAAACAUCAUAAAUAGCAUUUCUCCACGUUAGAAGCAGAUGCGUUCUCUAGAGAGGGUGUAUCCCUGGUCCAACCUGACUGUGGGGCCCAACACCUGGUCCUCUCCUGUCCCAACCACACCCCUCUUAUUCAGGUUGGGAAACUAACAAUGAUUGAUUCUGCCAUGUUCCGGGUACCCCUGACCCCACACCCAUUGUGAGGAGUGGGGUUCAGGACAAAGUGCUACAGACCAGGUCCCUCUGCUAAGGUCACAUGGGCAGCAUGUGAUGGAGUAAUAUUUACAUUAGAAUUAGCUUUGUCCCCCAGAUCAGGGUGCUCACCCAUGCAUUGUCCCCUACAUCUUGCAUGCAGGGCCCCAGAAUGGGAAGAAGGACUCUGCCCCAGACACAAGGGGCACUGAGAGGAGGGACUCAUGGGCAUGUUCCCAGGAAGUGGAGGUGGAUGAUGACACAGGAAAACAGAGAAGUCCACGAAGGCUGUGACAGAAAGAAAGCCCACACUCUAAGGCCAGGAGAGGGUUGUGUUUCCUUCCCUAUUUCCCUGUAUUUCUCCUCUGUGUGCAUUGCCAUGGUGACCUUGACCUGAAUCAUGCAGAAAUGCCACAGGUAUGUCUGCACUGACAUGAGGCCACAGAAGAUCUAGAACCCUUGUCACCUACAGCAUCUCCGGAGCCUGGGAACCCCAUGUGUGGUGGCACCCCCAGGAUGUGGUGAGAAUGACGGAGAACCCAUAGGGGAGUCUCUGGGAGGGAAGGACGUGCCCUGGUCUCCUCACCUAGACAGGGCAUCUCAGGAAAACUCGGGGUCCACUUACUACACCUUCAUGGACACCAGAGCCACCCCCUGGGGACAGGCUGUUCUCCUUCCUGUGGGGCUGCUGACAUGACAACCCCAUGACCAGGCGGACCAGCCCCCAAGUGGCCACACCCUGUGCUUCUGUCUGUCCUCCAAGCACCAAGGUCCCUCCCUCUGCACAGCCGGGGCCAGAGGCAGGAGACGCCAUGACCCCCACCCUCACAGCCCUGCUUCUUCUCGGGCUGAGUGUGGGCCCCAGGACCCAAGGGCUGGCAGGGACCCUCCCCAAACCCACCAUCUGGGCUGAGCCAGGCCUUGUGGUCCCCUGGGGGACACCUGUGACCAUCUGCUGUCAGGGGACUCUGGAGUCCCAAGUGUUCCUUCUGGAUGAAGAGGGAAGAUUAGGGCUUCAGGAUGUUCAUUUCCCAAAGAUGCCUGGGAACAUGGCCAAGUUCUCCAUCACACACAUGACAGAUAGACAUGCAGGACGGUAUCACUGUUCCUAUCGGAGCCCCGCUGGCUUGUCAGAGCGCAGUGACCCCCUGGAGCUGGUGGUGACAGGAUUCCAUGGCAAACCCCGUCUCUCAGCCCUGCCCAGCCCCGUCGUGACCUCAGGAGGGAAGGUGACCCUCCAGUGCACCUCACGGACGGGAUUCCAUAGGUUCGUCCUGAUGAAGGAAGGAGAAUCCAGACCCGCCUGGACCCUCGACUCCCAGCAACCCACCAGUGGACAGUUCCAGGCCCUGUUUCCUGUGGGCCCUGUGACCCCCAGCGCCAGGUGGACGUUCAGAUGCCAUGGCUAUUUCAACAACACUCCCCAGUUGUGGUCACACCACAGUGACCCCCUAGAACUGCUGGUCUCAGGUAUGUCCAGGAAGCCCUCCCUCCUGACCCAGCAGAGCCCUGUCGUGACCCCUGGACAGAGGCUGACCCUCCAGUGUCGCUCUGACGUCGGCUGUGACAGAUUCGCUCUGUACAAGGAGGGGGCACGUGACCUUCCCCAGCACCUUAGCCUGCAGCCCCAGGCUGGGCUCUCGGGGGCCGACUUCCCCCUGGGCCCAGUGAGCGGCUCCCACGGGGGCCGGUACACAUGCUAUGGUGGACACAACCUCUCCUCCGAGUGGUCGGCCCCCAGUGACCCCCUGGACAUCCUGGUCACAGGACAGCUCUCCUACACACCCUCCCUCUCGGUGCAGCCAGGACCCACGGUGGCCUCAGGAGAGAAUGUGACCCUGCUGUGUCAGUCCUGGAGCUUUGUGGACACUUUCCUUCUGUCCAAGGAGGGGGCAGCCGACCCUCCCCUGCAUCUUAGAUCAAAGUACGGAGCUGGACAUUACCAGGCCAAAUUCUCCAUGAGUCCUGUGACCUCAGCCCAGGGGGGGACCUACAGGUGCUACGGCUCAUACAGCAACUUCCCCUACCUGUUGUCACACCCCAGUGAUGCCCUGGAGCUCCUGGUCUCAGCAGCUGACACCAUCAGCCCACCCCAAAACAAGUCAGACCCCAACAUUGCCUCCAACCCCAAAGAUUACACGCUGGAGAAUCUCAUCCGCAUGGGUGUGGCAGGCUUGGUCCUGGUGGUCCUCGGGAUUCUGCUAUUUCAGCCUCGACACAGCCACAGAAGAACCCCAGAUGCAACCAGGAGACAAACACAAUGAGAAAAUGGAGGCAACCCACCAUUCUGUGUGGCAGAGCACUGGGAAUGAACCUAAUGGUCCAGGGGGUUCUGGAAGAAAAUCUGCAGCUUUGCCAGCAGAACUGUCUGCUGAGAAACUGUCUGGGCUGUUGCCUGGCCAGGACUCUUCAUCCAUGAACUGUGGUACUUUCCCUCCUGCCAUUGAUGGAUUCCCUUCACUGCCACCCUGUCUUUUUUCAUCCCUGUGACAGGAGGGUACAUCUCACACUGGUUUAGGUUCAUACCUUCCUACAGUGUCAUGUUCUGGUCCACUUUACUGGGAUACAUUUUCCUUUAUUUUCAGUUUUCACAUUCCCUAAUGUGUGCUGUCUACUUCCAUUCCUUCAGCACCAAACAAAAUAUUUGUUUUAAUAAGUGAAUAAGUGGGUGAAAAUCAGAUCCACUUUGUGACAGAGAAAUCCAAAACCAAUGCCUUAACUCCCUCUGGACUCAUAAAGCUCUUUGCUCCUCAUCCAAUGAUUCCUGGGGUAUUUUCCAGAAAUACCCGUAGUUGGACUGAGCACAGGGUUGUCUGAAGUGACAGCCUGGUGUUGUGCCGCUACACUGGUUCACGAAAUAAUCAUUUUUUAGAAAGCUGCUUCCCA